AAGGUAUCUGUGUUGAGUUGGGAGUGUUUCGAUUUUCGAAGAAGGAAAAAUGUUGAUUCGGCGAUUGCCUUGGAUGGCGAUUUCUGUGGCCGCACCAGUUCCGUUCCAUUUCGGUGGUAACAGUGGAAUUUGCAUUCCCAUUCGAAAGCAACUUACCUUUUCCCUUCUAUCAUUCUGCUCCAGCUCCGGCGUCCAUCUUCCUCAACAAUCUGGACACGAAGUGGAUAAUCGUCGCUCGCAAUCUCUGAAACCUGGUCUUUAUCUAGUAGGAACACCAAUUGGAAACCUCGAAGAUAUCACCUUCAGGGCUAUCCGCGUGCUGAACUCAGCAGAUGUUAUACUCUCAGAGGACACGAGGCACUCUGGGAAGUUGCUUCAUCACUAUAAUAUCAAAACACCCCUUAUGAGUUAUCACAGAUUCAAUGAAUCACAAAGGGAACAGGUUGUGUUGAAGAGGUUGAAGCAGGGUGAGAUUGUGGCACUUAUAAGUGAUGCUGGAACGCCAGGCAUCAGUGAUCCUGGUAUGGAAUUGGCCAAAUUAUGUGUUAAUGAAAAUAUCCCUGUUGUUCCAAUCCCUGGGCCCUGUGCUUUGGUAUCAGCUCUUUCUGCCUCGGGUUUACCUACUGAUGAAUUUACAUUUGUUGGUUUCCUUCCAAAACAUUCGGGAUCAAGAAGAAAAAGACUCAUGGUUUCAGCGGAUCAAACAACAACACAAAUAUUUUAUGUUCCUCCUCACAAGCUCUCUCAGUUUCUAGAAGAGAGUAUUUCAAUUUUUGGUAAUGCAAGGCGAUGUGUUAUUGCUCGGGAAAUAACUAAGUUACAUGAAGAGUUUUGGCGUGGUACUCUUGGUGAAGCCAAGGAAGUAUUUUCGAUUCGUCAGCCAAAGGGAGAACUUACCAUAUUGAUUGAAGGGCAAGCAAAUUCUAAAGUUGAACCUCCAUCAGACGUUGAGCUUGAGAGUGAACUAAGAGAAUUGAUUGCAAGUGGCAAUAGUCUUUCCACGGCUGUCAAAUUGGUUGCCGGCAGAACAUCAGUGAGUAGAAAAACUAUAUAUUCACUUGCAUUAACAAAAUUUGGGAAGCAGCUUGAAGUGGAAGGUGGAAGGGCCGGCUUGGCUCAGCGGUAAGCUUGCUUGUCGUGGUGUGUCAGGUCGCGGGUCCGAAUCAGCCUCUCUGCAAAAAGCAGGGGAAAGACUGCCUAGAGUAUUCCCUUCCCCAGACACUCACGAAGUGGGUAUUUGAACUGGGUCGGCCCUUUUAUAGUUCUCAUAAAGCAUAGAGUAGUCUGUAAUUAACAAGAGAAGGCAUCGUUUAGUUGUCUCUGUUGCUUACUCCUUAAACUGGGAUUGCGAUGGGAUUCCAGCUGCAGGAAUGGUUUACCACUGCUGUGGAAGCACCGAUCAUAUUAAGAAUGACUGGGUUAGUGUACUGAGCGUCCACAUUGUUGCCUUGGCUCCCCAUUGUACGGGUCUUUAGAACACUCUCCAAUAGGACAACAUAAUUGAUUUUAAAUUGGCUACUCUGGGCAAGGUAGCUGGGAAUGGGCUGUCCGGUCGUUCUGGCGAGGAAAAGGAUACAGCUGAAUUCUUCAUUUGCUUUUCUAUCCAAUCUGCUUCUGCAACUUAAUAUGAUUGUGGUGAACCACUGUUUUAUUUAGCUGCCCAACUUGUCUUGAUUGCGUACAGAGUGCAUGGUUUUGGAUUCUGCUGAUGUAAAAUGUGAAUACAUAUAACCUAGUAAUUUAGUAAAUUCCUUUGGUCUGACAAUCGACAACCAUAUAGGAGAACUAUGCUACAUCUGUUAAUACCCGAGUCCCAUCAUUCUCAUGCAUGUCCCUUUGGUAUGUAAGCUUUGUUCUAGUUUUCGAUCAAGACAAGCGGAGCUGUCAGCUGAAGAUGGUGGUAUUUUUACAAAUCCCCACUUGCUAUCCCGUAUUUGGUACGAAUUGGGUUCCGUUAUUCGUUCUCCUCUUAAAAUAGUAUACCAACAGUAUGGCUGUGUAUAAACAUUUAGAAAUUCUAUUUUUUUUUUUUUUUUGAAGCCAUGACAUCAUUGUUUGUGUUGUAUUGUGCUAGAAUUUUUUAUUUUUGAAAAGAAAAAAGAAAAACAAGUUUACAUAUAA